AUGGCUCAAUUCAUGCGACGGAGCUACAGCAGCAGCUCCAAACCAACCUCACCUCAUGUCAUGGUCUACAAGAACUUCGGUCGCCCCUUUUUGAAGAUCUUUAUAGGGUCAUUAGUCUGCUAUCAAGCUGCUUAUUGGGCGUGGAACAAGCUAGAGAGGGAAGACAUGGUUCACCGUAGUGGAAACGCUCAAAAGAAAGGGGGGAAGCUGGACUGGGCACAUACUUCUGGGAGUUUUUACGGACCAAGGGAAGAACAGGGCUGCCUAGCCGUUACAAACCACCAGCUACGCAAUCACGAACGUCACGCGCCAUCUAUGAGCCUUGCUUGA